ACCACUUGAGAUCCAAAAAUUAUUGCAGAAGUUACUUACUUACCACUUUGAGAUCCUAUGUGCUCUCCUCCACCAUCUUGAAACAACCAACCAUCAUGUACCUACCUUUACCUUCUUUGUCUCUUCCAACUCUUCUUAUCUCAUGUGUGACUCUCUCUCUUACACUCACAACAAAGUAACCGACCUCUUCUUCACACACAAUCAUACCACAACGCAUUUCACCUUCUCACCCUUUUCCUCUCUCAAACAAAUCAUCAAACACACACUACUCAUACCUCAAUUCCCCUUUUUUUUCAUCACAAUCUUCCCUUUUCUUCUUCAAAAAAUCAAUUUUUCUCAUUCCCCCACAAGGAAAAAAUAAUCCAAAAUUCUAUCAAAAUCAAUUUUCCCUCAAUCAACGCAACACUUUUACAUCUUCACUCUCUCUUUCUCUCUCUCUCUCUCUCUCUCUCUCUUCUCUUUUAAAGGUGAAAUUUUUCAUCUUUUGGUGGAACUGAAAUCGAAAUUGGCGAUCUGGGUAUGGCUAUAAUCCGCAACAUAAUAGAAGACAUGAGAUCAAGAUCUCAAAGGGUGGUGGUGGCGGCGGAGAAGGAAGAGAAAGUGGCGGUUGGUGACAGUUUACGGCAGAGUUGUUGGGCUAACAUGCCACAAGAGCUUCUCCGGGAGGUUCUUCUCCGAAUUGAGGCGUCGGAGGACACGUGGCCGCCGAGGAAGAACGUUGUUGCUUGUGCUGGAGUGUGUAGGAGUUGGAGAGUUAUCACUAAAGAGAUUGUUAAAAAACCUGAAAUUUCUGCUAUGAUCACUUUCCCCAUUUCUGUUAAACAGCCUGGUCCAAGGGAGAAUCUCCUUCAAUGCUUUAUAAAGCGCAACCGGUCCACUCAAACAUAUUAUUUGUUUCUCAGUUUAACUAGUUCGCUAGGUGAUGAUGGGAAGUUCCUUCUGGCUGCACGCAAAUGUAGACGUCCUACAUGCACAGAUUAUAUCAUCUCUCUAGACGCAGAUGAUAUGUCCAGGGGAAGCAACAACUAUGUUGGGAAAUUGAGAUCAAAUUUCCUCGGAACAAAGUUCACAAUCUAUGACGGCCAGCCACCUCAUGCAGGAGCAAAAUUUACUAAAAGUCGUUCUACUAGGCUGGUGAAUCUAAAGCAGGUUUCACCCAAGGUCCCAACAGGCAACUAUCCAGUGGCUCACAUCUCAUAUGAAUUAAAUGUGCUAGGCUCUAGGGGGCCAAGGAGAAUGCAUUGUGUCAUGGAUUCCAUUCCAUCCUCUUCAAUCGAACCAGGUGGCGUAGCUCCUACACAAACUGAGUUUUCUCUAAACAACAUAGAAAUGUUUCCCUUGUUUCCUUUUUUCCGAUCAAAAUCAAAUCGUGUGGUAGAGAACUCUCUAUCCGGACCUCUUGUUGGUGAUAAAAAAGAUGGUAUGCUUGUGUUGAAAAACAAGGCUCCAAGGUGGCAUGAGCAGCUGCAGUGUUGGUGCUUAAACUUUCAUGGACGGGUGACAAUUGCCUCGGUUAAAAACUUUCAGCUGGUGGCUUCCGCAGAAAAUGGAACAGCUGGACCGGAACACGAUAAGAUUAUUCUGCAAUUUGGGAAAGUUGGGAAGGAUUUGUUUACAAUGGAUUUCCGAUACCCUAUUUCGGCGUUUCAGGCAUUUGCAAUCUGCCUCAGCAGCUUUGAUACCAAGAUUGCUUGUGAAUAAGAGCAUGUUUAAACAGGUUCAAUCCAGAUUAGAUCACAAUCUGAGAAAUAUGUUUGAAUGUCACUUCGUGGGAAGAAAUCUAAUGAGAAGUAUUUAUGAAGAUGAUUGGAUGGUGUUCUACUGAAUCAAUAAAAAGGUGCUGCACAUGAGUUUUCAGUUAGUUUCCGGAAUCAGCAUUCAUAGCAUGAAAUUGUAAUGUUACUUGUCUUCAUUCGUGUAAAUUAUUCCCCUUGUGCUGUACAUAAAUUCUUUCUCCCUCAGUUUUUCUUCUCUUUUAACAAUUUGAUUUUCAUUUGGUUGUUUAUAUUAUUAUGCAAUAUAGUGUCAUGUACUUGCAAUAACAUAAUACCGGUGUUACAACGUUGUCUUUCAAAAUCAGUAACAAAUUGGUUCCAUUUUGUGUAGAG